CAGGCACAGUUUUCGUCUUGAUACCACCACAGCUCCAUAAUGAAAGUUCUAUAACUAUCCUAGUUGACCUAACACCUUUGAUCGCGUUUGGAAGAGUCUCUUGGCCUGAAUUAAAGUGCUUUGGAGUAACUUCUGAGUCCCAGCAACAUGAGUGAAGAAUCUCAUAGAAGUCUCCUACGUGACAGCCUGCUUGAACUCAGAUGCCACUUUACCUGGGAGUUGGUUAUAAAAGAUGCUUACAUGCAUGAUUUGGAAGUAAAACUCUCAGAGACUGAGUUCCUUGAUACCAGCUAUAGCAUCGGGAUGCACAACCUCCAGGCCUACCUGAGGCACCUGAAAGGCCAACAGGAGGAAGCCCUGCAGAGCUUGAAAGAAGCUGAAGCCUUGAUCCAGAGAGAACAGUUGGGCAAGAGAAGCCUGGUGACCUGGGGCAACUGUGCCUGGGUGCAUUACCACAGGGGCAGCUUGGAUGAAGCCCAGAUCUACCUGGACAAGGUGGAGAAGGUUUGCAAGGAAUUUGCAAGUCCCUUCUGCUACAGGAUAAAGUGUGCUGAGAUGGACUGUGAGGAAGGCUGGGCCUUGCUGAAGUGUGGAGGAAAAAAUUAUAAACGAGCCCUGGCCUGCUUUGCAAAGGCUCUGAAAGAGGAGCCUGACAACCCUGAGUUCAACACUGGUUAUGCAGUCGUAGCCUAUAACUUGGAUAAAUAUGUUGGAACUUCUCUGGAACCUCUAAGGAAGGCUGUGAGGUUAAGUCCAGAAGAUCCACACACUAAAGUUUUCCUUGCCCUAAAGCUUCAGGAUUUAGGCAAAACUGAUGAAGCAGAAAAACACAUUAAAGACACUCUGCCCAGAAUAUCCCCCCAGAACAAUAUCUUUGGAUAUGUAGCCAAAUUUUACCGAAGGAAAGGUUUUGUGGAAGAAGCUCUCAAGUUUCUUGAAAGAGCCUUGGAGACAAAUCCUUUCUCCACCUACUUGCAUUUCCAGAUUGGUCUUUGCCAUAAGACACAACUGUUUCAAAUAAAGAAAGCUGCAAAUAUGCAACCCAGAGGGAAAGAUAGAGAAAGAGCAGACCAAUCCAUUCGUUUGGCUAUAUAUAUAUAUUAUUUUGAAAAGACUUUAGAACUAAAACCCACAUAUGAGAUAGCUUAUGUUAAUCUGGCCGAAAUGUACUCAGAGAUUGGUCAACGUGAAGAGGCAGAGGAAAUAUUUCAGAAAGUUUUGCCCAUGAGUGACUUGGAAGAGCAUAUGCAGCAAGAGAUCCAUUUACGCUAUGGCCUCUUCCAACAAUUUCAUAUCAAAUCAGAAGAGAGAGCCAUCACCCAUUACUUAAAAGGCUUGAAAAUAGAGGCAACUUCUCACUUCAGGGGAAGACUUCUCAAUGCUUUGGAGACACUGGCUACUAAACAGAUUCGCCAGAAUGUUCAUGUCCUGGAAAGCUUGAGCCUCCUUGGGUUUGUCUACAGACUGAAAGGGGACACAAGUAAAGCGUUGUCAUACUACGAGAAAGUCCUGAGGCUCACAGGAGAAAUUAACCCUGAGUUUUGAGGUACGGGUCAUUAAGUGGCUUAUUAAGUGUCAGCAUGACUCCAUAUCCUAUCAUUCUUUUGUAGCUAUGGCCUUAAAUAUGUAGAACCCAAUGAACCAAGAUGCAAGUGAUGCCUUUUUUAUUUCUUGUCUUUCUAAAGCCCCGAUACUUUAUCGUGGACCUGUGAGUGCCUGACAGGAAUGUCUAUUCUCCUACCACACGUUGCCUCCCAUUUUUCUUAUGAGUAUGCCUUUGGAUUGCAUGACCUAUACCAUCAGUCUUCCUUCCUGUGUCCUGUUCAAAGGACAAUUAACACAGGAAAGCUUAUUUUUCACAAGAUUUUCCAACCUUCAGCAAUAACUGAGAGCAAAAUAAACAAGCAAGGGUGAGCACAAAACAGGAGAGGAAUUCAGGACUUCCUUACAAUGUUUCAGUCCAUAGCUCUAUUUUCAUAGGCUUUUCUGUACCCAUAACCUUCUGACUAAUGACCCUCAACCUAAUAAUCAAUGCACCUUUCUGUAUACAAGUGUCUGAUUUCAAACAAUGGUGGUGGAUUUCUGUGGUCCAAAUACAUUGGUAUUUAUUUACCACUGAGACAGCUUUAAUGAUCAGGAAGAUAAGAGUUAAGGAAUAACCUCUUUGGAAUGUUCCAACAAAAAUGACAAAAGAGCCACCUAACACUGUUCAGGGUAUUGAGAGUUUUGUGAAAUUGCCUUAUCAUUUUUCUAACCCUAUU